AUGACAGUCAAGUCAAAGAAGGCGCCGGUGCGGAAUGCACAUGGCUAUGAGUUUUGCGGACCGCCAGGCGCGUUUGUCGUCUCCUUCGGCCUCCCCAUCCUCCUCUACGCUUUCACCUUCGCUUGCAACGACAUAUCUGGCUGCCCUGCUCCAUCUCUGCUGUCGCCCAAGACAUUGUCGCUCGAUGCCCUGAAGAGGGAAGCCGGGUGGCCCGAGAAUGGCAUCUGGGGAUUCGCCAGCUGGAGCGUCACCGGGUGGACGAUAGCCUACUACCUGUUCAGCGCCGUCCUCCACCGUGUUUUGCCCGGCACCCUCGUGGAGGGCACGCCGCUCUCUGAUGGAGGUCGUCUGAAAUACAAGUUCAACACCCUCGCCUCCACCAUCUUCACCCUCGUCAUCUGCCUCGCCGGCACCAUUGCCCAGGGCGCCGAGUUCCCCCUGUGGACCUUCAUCACCGACAACUACCUCCAGAUCCUGACCGCGAACAUCCUCAUCUCCUACUUCCUCGCGACCUACGUCUACAUCCGCUCCUUCAGUGUUAAGCCUGGCAACCCAGAGCACCGUGAGCUCGCAGCCGGGGGACAGAGCGGCAACCUGCUGUACGACUGGUUCAUCGGCCGCGAACUCAACCCUCGCGUGACGCUGCCGCUGUUAGGCGAGAUCGACAUCAAAGAGUUCAUGGAGGAGCGGCCAGGACUGACCGGGUGGAUCCUGAUGAACCUGGCGCACUGCGCCAAGCAGUACCGGACAUACGGGACCGUGACGGACGGCAUCGUCUUCAUCACCGUCGUGCAGGCGCUGUACGUGAUCGACAGCCAGAUCAUGGAGCCGGCGAUCCUCACGACCAUCGACAUCACCACCGACGGCUUCGGCUGCAUGCUCGCCUUCGGCGACGUCGUCUGGGUGCCCUUCCUGUACAGCAUGCAGACGCGCUACCUGUCCGUGCACCCCGUGUCGCUGGGGCCCCUCGGCGUCGUCGCCAUGGGCGCCCUGCUCGCCACCGGCUUCUCCAUCUUCCGCCUCGCCAACAGCCAGAAGAACACCUUCCGCACCAACCCGGACGACCCGCGCGUCGCGCAUCUCUCGUACAUCCAGACCAAGACCGGCGCGCGCCUCAUCACCUCCGGCUGGUGGGGCGUCGCGCGCCACAUCAACUACUUCGGCGACUGGCUGCAGGCGUGGCCCUACAGCCUGCCCACCGGCAUGGCCGGCUACCAGAUCCUGACCGCCGGCACCGGCGCCGCGGGCGCCGCCGUCAUGGCCGACGGCCGCGAGGUCGUGCCCGGCGCGGCCCGCGGCUGGGGCGUCGUCUUCACGUACUUUUACGUGCUGUACUUUGCCAUCCUGCUCAUCCACCGCGACGGCAGGGACGACGAGAAGUGCGCCAAGAAGUACGGCGACGACUGGGAGAAGUACAAGAGGGUCGUCAGGUAUCGCAUCGUGCCGGGCAUCUACUAG